AUGUUUUUCAACUUUUUUGGAAGAUGGUCCGAAAAUCCUUCAUGGCAACUUAAGCCUUUAAAAUAUGCAGAAGAGAAUGAAAAUAAUUACGGUGGAAAAGUUUUUCUUCCUCAGUCGGUAUUAGAAGACCUUGUUGUACUUCAAAUACAACCACCGUACACAUUUCAGAUUUCACGCACAGACACGAAAGAAUUCACACACUGUGGUGUGCUUGAAUUUACAGCAGAAGAAGGAACUAUAGUCGUCCCACUGUGGAUGUAUAACCAACUGGAUUUAAAAUCUGCAAAAGAAGUCAAGCUAGCGUAUAAAACCAUUGAAAUGGGGACAUAUCUAAAGCUUUUACCUCAUACACCUAAAUUUUUAGAAGUUGAGAACCCAAAACAAGAACUUGAAAAUGUAUUAAGAUUUUAUCCGACAUUAAGCUUAAAUGAUGAAAUUGAAUGUGUGUUUUCAGAAAUUGGAUUAAUUAAAUUUACAGUUACUGAAAUAGACCCCAGUGAUGAUGGUGUUAUAUACACUGUCGACACAGAUUUAUCAGUAGAUUUCUGUGAACCAAUCGGAUACAAAGAGAAACUUGAAGAUGAAAAGACCGUAAAUAAGUAUUUGGAAGUUAAAAAGACUAUUGGAGAUGUUAACAUAAUUAGUAUGAAUAAAAUGGGGAUAUCUUUUCAUCCAAAAGGAGAAAAUUAA